GCAACACGUGUGAAGCUUCCCUACAGUGUGUACCGGUGGAGUAGGCCGGAAGAUGGGCAGCUACGGGCAAGUAGGCUUUACCUGUGUCAAGGACCUCCUGUUCCGUGUGUACACAGAUAAGGAAGUUCAGCAGAUAUCUGUGGUGAAGUUAACCAAUGAUGAAUCCAUUAACGAGCUGGGACACUUUGCUGCUGAUGGCUUAUAUGACCUACGCAUGGGACCCAUGUCAACACGUGAACGAGAUGUCUGUGAAACUUGUGGACAAGAUGGGCUCAGGUGUCUGGGUCAUUGUGGACACAUAGAGAUGCCCUUACCUGUUUAUAACCCCUUCUUCUAUGGUGUGCUGAGCAAACUCCUCUAUGGAAUAUGUAAUCACUGCUUCAGGUUCCAAGCUCCAGAUUACCGAGUGAUACAGCUCUUAUACCAAAGUAAACUGCUGGAUGAAGGGUAUGCAAAGGAGGCCCUGAAUGUAAAGGAUACAGUGGCUAGAAUCACAUCACAUGGAGAUGAGUCGCAGGAGAUAUCAACUGGCAUCAACGACAGAGUCAUCAGGGGAAGUCUGAAGUCCUAUGAAAAUGUGGAGUUAAUGCAGAUCCUUAGUGAAACACUGAAGAAAUACUGCAAGGAAGUGAUGAAAGGAGGAACAAGCAGUCACGAAACCUCUACUUCUAAUGUUAAAGCCGUCCAAGAUCAGGUCAUCAAAAGUUUUUUCGACGAUUGUAAGGCGAAAUUAUCCUGUAAAUUCUGUAGACGUCCCCUAAUGAAGCUGUCCCUUAAAAACUCACGCUUUAUGAAGGCAACUAUAAAGAUGAAGCUGAAAAAGUCCAAAUCUGAUGAUGAGGAGGAAUCUGUGUCAUCUGGCCUUGUGGUGGAUGGCCAGUCUUACAUCACCUGUGACCAGGCACGAGCCAUAUUAAGGAAGUGUUGGGCUCGAGAAGAAGGUCUUCUCAAGUGUUUGUAUCCUAUACUGGCAUCAUCCAAGUCGGAACACCCAACUGAUAUGUUCUUCCUCAGCACACUCCUCGUCAUACCACCAAAAUAUCGUCCAUGUAACACACAAGAUGGUCUGGUGGUGGAACAUGAUACCAGUGUUCUGUUGAAGAAUGUGGUAAGAAUGUCCAGGGUUCUUACUUUCCUCAUCUCAAUUGUUAACGGAAGCAUCUCAGAGUUGCCAGAAACUAUCGAGUACAUUCUAUCACAAAUACCCGGGAACACGCCCAUAGAAAAGAUGCAGGGUACGUGGCACAACAUGCAAGCAAGUGUUGACAACCUCUUUGAUACUAACUUAAACCCCACCAUGAAGAACAGUCUCAGGGGACUCAGGCAGGUAAUAGAGAAAAAACACGGUCUCUUUCGACGUAACCUCAUGGGUAAGCGUGUGAAUUACUCUGCCCGGUCCGUGGCUGCCCCCGACCCACUCCUUGCCGUUGAUGAGGUCGGGGUACCCAUGGAUUUUGCCAAGCGUCUCUCUUACCCAGUUCCUGUCACUCAGUGGAAUGUUGAGAAACUGAGGCAGCUUGUGAAGAACGGUCCUGAGGUUUACCCGGGAGCGGUGAUGGUUGAAGACGAAGAGGGGAAGAAGAAGCGUCUUAGUUCAACCGACGAGAAACAACGUAAUGCCGUGGCCAACAAGCUGCUCACGCCGACAGAGUCUCACGUGAGGAAAGUGAACGCGACCAAAAUAGUUUACCGACACUUACAGAAUGGCGAUUUUGUCUUGAUGAACCGGCAGCCGACUCUUCACCGUCCCAGCAUACAGGCUCACCGUGCCCGGAUAAUGCUGAAUGAUAGAGUUUUCCGUAUGCCGUAUGCUAAUUGCAAGGCUUACAAUGCAGAUUUUGACGGCGAUGAGUUAAACUUGCACUUCCCACAGAAUGAGAUAGCCAGGAGUGAGGCCCAGCAUCUGGUCACAACGCACAAUCAGUAUCUCACCCCUAAAGACGGGUCCCCACUGGCAGGUCUCAUCCAGGACUGUGUGGUGGCCAGCGUCAUGCUCACCAUGCGCGGAAAGUUUUUUGCUCGUGAGGAUUACCAACAGUUGAUUUAUACGGGAUUGUCCGACCAAAGCGAGAGGAUUAAAUUGCUGCCGCCGGCCAUUAUAAAACCAAAGAAACUGUGGUCUGGCAAACAGGUCAUUUCUAGCCUCCUCCUGAACAUUAUCCCUGAGAACAAGGCCAGACCAUCUUUUACGUUCAAGACAUCAGUCAAGGCAGAUUUGUGGCAGACUAAUGAAGAGCGAGCAUGGAAGGCUGGCGGCCCCCCAGAGAAGAAGCGUGAGGCUAUGACAGAUUCUGACUUUGUGAUGCGUGAUGGAGAACUUCUUUCAGGAGUUAUAGAUAAAAGUGCUAUUGGCUCCACCAGUCAUGGUUUAAUACACGUGUGUUAUGAUUUAUAUGGCGGUGGUGUCUCUUCAAAGCUCUUAACUGCCAUCAACCGUCUGUGUGUGUACUACCUCAAGUGGACCGGUCACACCAUCAGUGUCAAGGAGUUUGCCACACCAUCACAUGUUAGUGCCAGGCGUAGAGCUGCCCUCCAUCGUCUGGUACAGAAUGCUUCUAGUGAGGUGAGUCGCAAACUGAACAUCACCGAGGAAAGUUUCCAAGAUUACUUUGAGAAGUUGCACAUGUCCCAUAGUGAAGUGGAGAUGGCGGCCAUUGAUGCUGCAUACACGUCCGUCCUGGCGCCCACCACCUCUCAGGUCACCGGAGAUAAUGAACGUGGGUUGUUGCGGCGAGGCUUAGACAACCACAUGAGGAUGAUGGUGGAUACUGGAGCUAAGGGCUCUAAGGUGAACAUGAACCAAAUGGCUUCAUUAUUUGGGUCCGUAGCUAUUGAUGGUAAGAGGAUGCCUCUGAGCAUUACUGGCAAGACUCUGCCAUCUUUUAAAGCUUAUGAUCCCAACCCACGCUCAGGAGGCUACAUUCCCAACCGCUUCAUGACCGGUAUCAACCCUCAGUCAUAUUUCUUCCUGUGCAUUGUGGGGCGAGAUAGUUUACAACACACAGCUGUAAAGACUGCUGACAGUGGCUACCUACAGCGGUGUCUCAUCAAGCAUCUGGAGGGGAUUAAUGUGAAGUACGACAUGACUGUUAGAAAUAUUGAUGGUCUUGUGCUGCAGUUUGCCUAUGGUGAGGAUGGACUUGAUGUGACCAAAGUGCCAUUCUUAAAGAACCCACACACCUUAGACGUACUGGUGAAGAACUACAGCCGACUACUGGACGAACGAUCUCUCUCUAUUGCCAAGUCUGUUGGAGAAAAGAAACUUGUUGACAAAUAUAAAAUGAAGUUAAAGAAGUGGCACAAGAAGGCCAAUGAGAGAAAGGUCCGUAACAGUGCCUUCCUCAAGUUCUGUAAGAAAACGGCCGCCACUGUUGAGAGUAGCGGCUUUAACAAAGACACUGGCCGUGCCAACAUCUCCAGAGAGCUACAAGACAUGUGGCAACAAUUGACACCAGAAGAAAAGAAAAAGUACAACAAGAACAUCAAGUGCCCAGAUCCUGUUAAUUCCAUAUUCUCUGGCGCCUCUAACCUUGGGGUAGUGUCUGAAGCCUUAGAUGACCUUAUUGAACGUUACUAUGAAGAGAAUUAUCACAAGCAACCACAACAACAGCAGAACUUGACCCAGAAACAAGUGGCGACGUCUGUACACAUGAAGGUUUUAACAUCUAUGGUCGAUCCCGGUGAAGCUGUUGGUGCUUUGUGUGCCCAGGCAAUUGGUGAACCCUUAACUCAGAUGACCCUGAACACUUUCCAUUUUGCCGGCAGAGAUGAACUUAAUGUUACGCUGGGUGUGCCUCGUAUGGUGGAGAUCUUAAGAACAGCCAGCAGGAACAUCUCGACCCCCAUCAUGGAGCUGCCCUUCUACCCUCACGUCAAAAGGUCUCAGGCAGAAUUCCUUCGUGUCAAGUUAUCAGAAGUGUCAUUGUCCAAGGUACUACAUGGCCUGGAAGUUACUUCACGUCUGGAGAAGGACGAGAAACUUCGUGUUCACCGCCGGACCAAGGUCAAGUUGACCUUCCUACCUCAUAGGGAUUACAAGAAAAUGUUUGCCGUCAACCCAUCACAAGUGUUGAACUACGUUGAACGUGAAUUUAUCCCAAAGAUACUCUUAAAAGAAAUUAAGAAUUCUUUUGGAAAAACGAAAAAAAUGUGCUCCACAAUUACUGAGGAGAAUAAAGACAGCGAUGGUGAUGAUGAGAACAACGACAACAUCGAACUUGAUGCUGCUAAAGAGACCAAAAAGUCUAAGAAGAAGAUGAAAGCCAAUUAUGGUGUUGAGAGCAGCGAGGAAGAGGAUGAAGAUGACUUCCAACAGGAGGCACCUGAGGAUACUGACGCAACUUCAUCAUCAAGAAGCAAAAAAAGACAAGAACAAGAUUAUUCUGAAGAUGAAGAAGCUGAGUUGGUGUCAGAGGAGGAAGGUGAUCAGGAGACAGUGAAGGAGCAACUUUUACCACAAGAUGAAGAAGAGAAUCAAUCACAGGAGGAUAUAAUGGAUGGUGAAGAUGUGAGGAAGCACAAGAAGGGCAUUAGUCUAAAAGAAGCAGAGGUACGCAAGGAGACGCUCUUGAACAGUGACAGCUGGAUCAUUGACUAUGACUUUGACAGAGAGAAGGAACUUUGGUGUGAAGUCACACUCGUCCUCCCCAUAAAUGGCGGCAACUACGACAUCCCGUCAAUCGUGCGCCAGAGAUCACAACGUGCUCUCAUCCAUUAUGUUCGUGGUAUUCGUCGAGUCUUUGUCGUGGAGAAGGAUGAUACGCUUCUACUGAGGGUAGAUGGUGUCAAUAUUCUUAAAAUGUUUCAGUAUGAGCACAUGCUGAAUGUGAACUGCCUGUACACCAACAACAUACACCAGGUAGCUGAGAUAUACGGCAUUGAGGCUGCUCAGCGUUCCAUCAUCAGAGAGCUGCGAGCUGUACAGUCUGUGUAUGAUAUCAAGGUUGACUUCCGCCACUUGACUCUCCUGGCUGAAUACUUCACUUGUGAGGGGAGAUACAAAGCUUGUUCUCGGCAAGCGUUAAACACCUCUCUUUCACCACUACAGAAGAUGUCUUUUGAAUCAUGUACAGACUUCCUUAAGUCUGCCCUCUUAAGAGGAGAGAAAGAUUAUAUGACAUCUCCCUCUGCCAAUGUUGCUGUGGGACAACCAGUAAAGUUAGGUACAAAUGCAAUGCAAAUGUUGCCUGUCCUAAACUUCUCCUAACGUACCGACCUUGUAGACAUUUGUGAAGAUUAAAAUGUAUUGAAAUUUUUUUCAAGAAGAAUAUCAUGGUUAUUAGUUGUAUAAGAAAGAUAUUAAUGAGUUCAUAUUGACCUCAUAAGUGUACACAUUAGUUAAGCUGGAUCAUUUGUUGUGGAGGUUUAUAUCACUAACUUUUUCAGCUUAAUGCUUUAUCCUCAGUACUUCAUACCCACAGGCUACCUCAGCACAUGACACUUCCAACCAUUGUCUUUACACACACACACACACACACACACACACACACACACACACACACACACGAGUCACUACACCACGUGACCUCACACAGUAUAGCAAGAGACCGGCCCGGACCAUCAACUAUAAUAAUUUGUAUGUUCAGUUCAUGUUCCUUCUCCUUGUAGUACUGAAAGCCUUUGUUAAACGACCCACCCACCCAUGUCUUUGUAUGUAAUAGGUA